GCAUCGAGCUCUGGGGGACAAACCUGAAUCCUGAAAAGUGAAAACCCCGCCAAUUAAGCCCUCCCAAACUUACAGUUGUGCAGUUUUCUUGCUUGGUUUUCUCAGCAACCAAACAGGCUACGCGAAUCGUGAUCCAAUCAAUGGAGGCGAAAAAUUCAAUGUUACUGAUAUUUUCCGGUCUAAAUCCUGCAAGAGAGACAGGACAAGAUAAAUCAGACCUCGGUGUCACCGGAAACCAUGAAGACAAAUUUGUAUUCUUGCUACUUCAUUUACAGGCGUUACCUUUCUCCGAUUCAUGGAAAAAUUGACACCUCCAUCAACUCCUUCCAAGAGAGUACAGCCACAAAUUACUGAUAUAGAAGUUCCUUAUCGACUUCUUCAUUGCUCCAGUAAAGGCGACAAGGCAGGGGUCAUACAGGAGUUAGCAAAAGGUGUAGAACCCAAUCUUGCUGACUAUGAUAAGAGAACAGCUCUUCAUUUAGCAUCUUCUGAAGGCUGUGUCGAGAUUGUGCUACUGCUUCUUGAGAAAGGAGCUAAUGUGAACUCCACGGAUCGCUGGGGUCGAACUCCAUUAUCAGAUGCUCGUAGCUUUCACCAUGAAGAGACAUGCAAGAUACUGGAAAAUUGGGGUGGAAUGGAUCCGGUUGGGCUUGAUUCACAAAAUCCAUGCUGUGAGAUUGAUCACACUGAAGUGGACAUGGACAAUGCAACACUUAUUGGGGAAGGAGCAUAUGGUGAAGUCUAUUUGGUGAAAUGGAGAGGCACUGAAGUUGCAGCAAAGACAAUUCGCUCCUCCAUAGCCUCGAAUCCUAACGUGAAGAAAACCUUUCUGGAUGAACUAGCUUUGUGGCAGAAGUUGCGCCACCCUAACAUAGUGCAGUUUCUUGGUGUUUUAAAGCAUUCUGACCGUUUAAUGUUUCUCACUGAAUAUCUUCGCAAUGGAAGUUUGUAUGAUACAUUGAAAAGGAAAGGAAGACUUGACUCUGCAACAGCAGUUGCUUAUGCCUUAGAUAUUGCAAGAGGCAUGAAUUAUCUACAUCAGCAUAAACCACAUGCUAUUAUACAUCGGGAUCUGACGCCAAGGAAUGUAUUGCAAGAUCAAUCAGGGCGGCUUAAAGUUACAGACUUUGGCUUGAGCAAAAUUGCACAGGAAAAAGAUGCACUUGGUUAUAAGAUGACUGGAGGAACAGGUUCAUAUCGUUAUAUGGCACCUGAAGUUUAUCGUCGAGAGUCAUAUGGGAAGAGUGUUGAUGUCUUUUCCUUUGCUCUAAUAGUACAUGAGAUGUUCCAUGGGGGACCAUCAAACCGGGCACAAGCUCCGGAGCAAGUUGCGGACAAGCGAGCCUAUGAAGAUUUGCGACCACCUCUCUCCUCAUUUGUGUACCCUGAAUCUAUUAAGACGCUUCUUCGAGAAUGCUGGCACAAGAAUCCCAACUACCGCCCUACCUUCGAAGAGAUAAUUUCACAACUAGAGAUUAUACAAGAAAGUCUGCAAAAUACGAAAGAAGUGGGCUGCUGUGGCUGGCUGCAACUUUUUUAACGGGGCAAGUCCGAAGGCUGCAUCAAAGUGCCCUCAUUCUAUGCUUUGUGUUUUAUUUUUUGGAUUGUUGGAUUGGCAAGUCUGGAACAGAAAAGGAACCAUUGAGGUUCGUACUUCUUAUAGGAGACCAUGUUGAGGUACUAAGCAAUGGAUGUAUUUUCAUACGCAUUCUUGCAAAUCAAAUAGUUUCUAUCGACUAUUCUCAAUGUUACCAAACGCGUAUAUUUCA